AUGGCGUUCUGCUCGUCGUUUUUCCAAUCCUCGGCCACCUCAUUGGCCAAUGGGUCGUCUGGGUUUGGCGAGCUGAGCAGGGCCUGGAUCGACAGCAAAAUCGUCCGCACCUCUCUAAAUAAAAUAAAAAACCACAUAUUAAUAGCUCUAGUACUUAUUGCUGCCGUUGGUUCAUCAUCAUCUCCUGCUGGCUCUUGUACUGAGGGUUCAUGUACUGCUGUUGUUGUUGGCGUAGCUGUUGCGACUGCUGUUGUAGAUACAUUCUCCGUCUCAUCAUCAUCUGCUGCUGUUGCUGGGGAGUCAGCUGGACAGGCUGCUUGUCCUGGGAGUUGGCCAUUCCCGCAGCCAGCUGCUGGGUCUGGAACUUGGCCUGCAUCUGCGCCUGUUGCUGUUGUUGUUGUUUCUUUGCCUGUGCCAGUCUCAGCUGCUGUUGUUGCUGUGCAAGUAGCUGGGCCUGGGCAGAGAUCUGCGACUGCACGUCCACCGGACCCUGCGAGCCUGUUUUGGCCAUCGGCACCGUAG